AUGUGCUCGAGAUUAGGUUUCGCGAUCAUUCUGUGCGCACUUCCCAUAAUCGCCGGUUUCCAACAGCAAUACUUCAGGGUUCCACCAAAGAGUUUGAGGGUCCAGGAAGGUUCAGAGGCAGUUCUAGAGUGCGCUGUUGCUAAUCUGGCUGGCCAGGUUCAAUGGGCGAAAGAUGGAUUUGCUCUUGGUUUCUCAUCAGUUAUACCUGGAUAUCCUCGCUACACGAUGUUCGGGGAUCGUCGCCACGGCAUCUACAACCUUCGCAUCAUCAACACCACUUUGGAAGACGAUGCUGAAUAUCAGUGUCAAGUUGGACCAGCUCAAAUGCAUAAAGUCAUACGAGCGAACGCCAGCCUUACAGUUAUAUCGCCACCGAAUGCCGUGGAGAUCGUCAAUCAUCCACACAAUUCCAAGUUAGAGGUGAAGGAAGGUGAGGACGUGGUGUUAGAGUGUCAGGUGAAAAACGCUAAACCAGCUGCCAAGAUAGUGUGGUACAGAGGAAACCAGGAGAUGAAAGGAGAUAAAGUUUCAAGCGAAGACAUCAAAGAAGUCGAAGCCGCGAAUGGAAAUCCUAAAUCAACGAGAUAUACAACAAUAUCCAGAGUUCACUUCAAAGCUGCUUCAGAGGACGAUUAUGCUGACUUCACGUGUGAAGCACGACAUGAAGCGCUUCAGAGAGAUAUGCCGAUGCGAAGCACGGUGCAACUCAGUGUACUAUAUCCGCCUGGUGCACCAUAUAUUGAAGGUUAUGCCGAGGGCGAAACUGUUAGAAGAGGACAAAGUCUGGAGCUGGUCUGCCGGAGUAGAGGAGGGAAUCCGCCAGCACAGCUGAUAUGGUACAAAAACGGCGAGCAAAUACGAAUGGCAUACAGAACAAGCGGCAGGAUGUCCGAAAACGUGUUGUCUUUCAAGGCGGACGCGUCUGAUAACAAAGCGAGAUACACUUGUGAGGCUAAAAACAUCAUGAUAAGCAACACACUGAAGGCUGAGAUAGACCUCACUGUACUAUUUGCACCGUCCCACGUGACUAUAUCCGGCCCUUCAGAAGCGAGGGUCGGUGAUCCAGUACCCUUGAGCUGCAGCACGGCCCCUUCAAACCCGGCUGCCGAUAUCAAAUGGUUGGUCUUAGGUAAACACCACAGGGAAGCAAGCAACAGAACCGUCAUAUCUCCCGAUGGUGGCUGGAUUACAACGUCUAAUAUCACUGUUGUGGUGGAGCCACAUCGACGCUCCAUCGUCGUGGUAUGCCACGGCAUUAACGGACAACUUACUGAAAACGUGGUCGCCACACACACCAUCAAUGUACUAUAUCCACCUUCAGCUCCAAUGAUAACUGGUUACAUUCCCGGAACGACUCUCUCAUCUGGUACGGUACAAAAACUAUCCUGCAUAUCCACUGGUGGAAAUCCGUUGGCUACAUUGACUUGGUUUAAGAAUGACAAAAAGAUACAUUCGAUAACGAAAACCACGGACAAGUCUGUGUCAGCUGAGAUAUCAAUACUCACAAACGUGACUGACAACCAAGCUCAAUAUAGAUGCGAAGCGACCAACACAGCUACAGAGAUACCACUGUUUGAAACUGUCACUUUGAAUGUACAUUUCGCACCGGAGACUGUAAAAGUUAGAGCAUCACCCGCCGAGCUAACUCCUGGUAUAGAAGGCACAUUAUACUGUGAUGCAGCUUCUAGCAAUCCACCCGCCACGCUAUCCUGGUGGAGGGAUGGUAUACCGGUUCAAGGCUUGCCAAUGCAGUUGAAGAAAGGCUUACACGGCGGUACAGUUUCUACAGUAGAACUCAAACUAAACAUCACAAAGGAAUUAAACGGCGCAGUAUAUACAUGUCAGGCUUCAAACGACGCUCUACAACGCAGCGUUCACGAUGCAUUGACACUUAAAGUAUUCUAUCCGCCGAUUUUCGAUGACACGCCCCUCUCUAUAGUGGGGGUUGAAAAUGAACCUUUGGUUGUCAUGCUACGUGCGGACGGCAACCCUUCAAGUAUUACGUACACCUGGACUAAAGAUGGACUUCCAGUUACGCAGGCUUCGUAUAGCAGUGCCAACGAUCGUAUUGUGUCUUCGGGAGGCACUUUGAAUAUGACUCGUGUGUCACGACACGACGCCGGGACUUACUCCUGUGAAGCCUUAAACGCUUAUGGCAGCGCCAGGAUUAACAUUACAGUUAAUGUGCACUAUCCAGCCGAUAUUAAGUCUGUCUGGCAGACAGGUAUUGUGAAUCCUAAUGAUAACGCUGUACUGGCUUGUACGGCUAGCGGUAACCCAUUAACAUCGGAUCACAUAAAAUGGGAACGCAAAAACUAUGACAUGUCAACAAAAAUAGUUACAUUUGAAUCUAAGAAUCAAACUAGCUAUCUAACUAUAGAGAGGGCGUCUAGAAAUGAUGUCGGCUUGUUUGAAUGUGUCGUGAACAACGGCAUCGGCGGUGAAACACGACAAGAAGUUAUGUUGGUUGUUAAAUUCAAACCUGAAAUGAAUACUUCGCCGACACUCGCAAAAUCCGCGUCAAAUGUCGGUCAAGUUGGACGACUUACUUGCAAAUGCAAAUCAGCGCCAGCACCGAACUUCACAUGGUCAAAGGCGGGUGUGAAGCUUCCCGUGAAUACUUCUACUAAAUAUUUCGCUGAAUAUCAUAAGAAUGAUGCAAUAACUUAUACGUCUGUGUUAUUAAUAAACGAUAUAAGUACAUCUGACUACGGCUCGUAUGAGUGCGGCGCGAGGAACGAACUAGGAUACGGUUCAGUCUCCGUGAAAUUGGAUGUCACUGGACCACCAGACCCGGUGUCGUCUAUAGUAGUAACGAACGUCACACACGACACUGUCACACUGGAGUGGGUGCCGGGCUUCGACGGAGGGUUGACAUCGUGGUUCAGAGUUAGAUAUCGCAAACCCCACGACUCAACAUACACGUAUCACGACGUGACCCCCAACACGACCCACUACACUGUGUCGGGCUUGGAGCGACACACGGACUACGUGCUGUCUGUGAUGGCGAUCAACGGAAUGGGGGAAAGUCGAUAUAGACCUGAUGAUACAAGGGUCACGACCCUCAACAUAAUCCCACCAGUACAAUCUAGUUCCGAGUACAAUUCAUACAAUGUUCCCGGUGUAUUUAUUAUAACUGGUACACUAGUCGGUACAGCGCUCAUAUUGUUAAAUGUACUUCUGGUUGGGUUCUGUCUGCACAGGAGGACCAACAAACGUAUACGAGCUUCAUCAGAAGUUGGUGAGCUGAACGUAGUGUCCACGGAGCAUGUAGAGACAGCGGACGUGUCUAAAUCAGUAGUUCUAUAUGUCUGCGUGACCGUCGCUGUGUUAGUUAUAAUAAACGCUGUUUUAGUUGCUUGUUUUGUAUUAAAACGACGCUCCAAGCGUUCUAAAGAGCAAGCUGGGCAGUCGUCAAAAUCAACUCCCAUAGAAAUGUACGCCCCUUCAUCUUACAACGACACUAUGGGUGAGACACUUAGCUCUGUGUCAGAGAAGUCUGAAACAUAUUCACAAGAUGAGGCGCCGCCCGUACCUGACGUACCAAGCAUGCCGAGACAUAUGAUGAACCAGUCUGAUUCCUAUCUGUUGGAUGAGAGCCUGGUCCCUCCGCCUUUAGACUACCCUCCGCCCAACUACGUGUAUGAUGAACACGCGAGGACUCUGCCUCACCCGCACAGACUGAGAGACGUGCGGGGACAUAGCACGCUCGGGAGGACGACCGGUAAACAAGCGUACGUACCAACGCCGAGUCCCAUGCCGCCUCUCGACGGUUCAUACUACAACAUGGCUUCCGAUAGAUACCUGUCGUAUCCACCACUCAUUGGAGAAUACUUACAACAGCAAGCCGGUAGAACUCCGACUCCGCCACAACAAUACUCCAGAGACAAUCAUUUGAGUCCACCGAAUUGUGGAAUCGAUGGUGAACGAGCCGUUCCCCCCGAUGUGACAGUUCUACAUCCCCCUGUAUGUACACAGCAGUUUCCACUAAACCCGUCUCUAUCAGUGAAGCAACCUCAGUCUAUACUAAAAGACCCGUCGAGACAUAAAUACAGCAACCAAUACGGAAGUCCUAUAUCGUCCAGCUCGCCUCAGAAUCAAAAUCAAAUAUUAACAGUACAGAACUUAACUGAUGUACCACAAUACGGAACUAUAAAGAAAGAUAAGAAACAGAACGUAACUAUAGACGAAUCGUUCAACAAACAACAAACACACGUAGUUUAA